AUGGAUGUGUUUGUAGUCCUCACCCUGCCCUGGUUCCCUGAAAGCCCGCGGUUUCUGCUCAUCGACAAGGGAGAUAAGGAAGGCUGCAGCCAGGCAUUGAGGAGGCUCCGUGGGUGCCCCGUCUCCGAGGAGGAGAUGGAGGAGAUCCUCCAGGAGCAGGAGCUGGCCGCAGGGGCUCAGGCGCGAUCCCUCUGGGGCUUGCUGUCUGACCGAAACCUGUGGCGGCAGCUCCGAAUUGUCAUGGCCGCCAGCAGCGCCAUGAUGCUUUGUGGCAACGACUCCAUCUACUUCUACGCCUCCUACAUCUUUCAGGAGGCCGGCAUUCCCACAGGGAAGAUCCAGUACAUAACAAUCUGCACGGGCGCCUGUGAACUGACCGCCUCUAUCAUGUGCAACCUACUCAUAGAGCGCACAGGCCGCCGCCGGCUCCUCAUGGGUGGGUAUGCGAUGAUGUCAGGCUGGGCGGUGGUCUUCACCAUGGCCCUCUGCCUGCAGGGCAAGGUGCCAGGCAUGCCCUACUUAAGUAUGCUGUGCAUCUUCGCCUACAUCCUCAGUUUUGGCAUGGGCCCUGCCGGGGUGACCGGUGUGCUGCCCGCUGAGCUCUUUGACCAGAUGGCGCGGCCUGCCGCCUACAUGGUGGCCGGUUCACUCAUGUGGCUCAACCUCCUCCUGGUGGGCAUGGCCUUCCCGUUCAUUGUUGUCAACCUAGGACAGUUCUGUUUCCUUCCCUUCUGUGGCAUCUGCGUGCUGGCCUGUCUCUUCAUGUACUGGAACCUUCCGGAAACUAAAGGUAGGUCUCUGGCUGAGAUCACUGCCGAAUUUGAUAAGCGUGGCAGUGCAGAAGCCAAUGGAUCAGAAGGUAGGUCUCUGGCCGAGAUCACUGCCGAGUUUGAUAAGUGCGGCAGUGCAGAAGCCAAAGGGUCAGAGGAUAAAGGUGAACAAGGACAAUCAAAUCAAGAGGAGGCCCACCAACUCAGAGAUCUUAGAUCAGGGGAAGAACCAGUGGAGAUUAAUCAUGUACAUGUGUGA